AUGGGUGACCCAUCAGCGUCAUGUUCCUUUGAGGAUCUCGUCCAAUCGAAGCUGUUCACCUUCUACAUCGGCAAAGAGAAGAAAGCGUUUGUUGUGCACUCUAAAGCGAUCGCCGCGACCUCAUGGCAUUUUCAUGCUCUUGUGAACAAUGGCAUGUCACAGUCGCAGGAAGGGUCUGUAGAGUAUCCGGACAUGGAACCAGAUGACUUUGCUCGAUUCGUUGAGUACUCUUAUCGUUACGAUUACGCUGCACCAUCUUGGACACUGGAUCAGAAGACUGUAAAGAAUGGCGAGGUUCCAUCACCACCGCCAGUUGACUGGGACGUUCCACUAGCAUCAGAACCAGAACCAGAACCAGAACCAGAACCAGAACCGGACCCAGUAGCAGUAGCAUUCGAGGAGAUGAUCUCGGAUCCCUAUAGGGGGUUAAGCAAGUCUCAAGCAAAAAAGGCCAGAGCGCUGAAAGAAGCAAGCGUAAAUUCGAACCGAGCGACACAUGGUCUGCGCCAGAACUUCCACGGGCGCGCAUAUCUCACAUGCUGCGAACCAAAAACGGCAAUGCUCGACCGCUUCCUACCCACAGAGAAUUCCGCGCCAGAACAAGAUUUCACGCCUGUCUUCUUGGCGCACGCACGUCUCUAUACCUUCGCCUGUAUGCGUCUCAUCGACCCUCUCAAGCGCCUAGCUCUACACAAGCUCCACCAAACCCUCCUCAAGUUCAAGCUCUACGAUCGACGAGUAGGCGAUGUGGUUGAACUGGCCAGAUAUGCAUAUGAUAAUGGGGAAGAUAGGAAGCCUGAUGGGACCAUCGAAGAUCUCAGAAAGCUGGUGGUGGAGUACAUAGCCUGUGAAGUGUCGACCAUUGGCAAGCACGAAGCGUUUGCUCCUCUGUUGCAAGAGGGCGGAGAGUUUGUGGUGGAUUUCUGGCGUAUCAUCGCUAAGGAGAAUCUGUCUUUGUAG